UUAACUCAUCACAGUGAACACAUACACAUGUUAGUGGAACACACUGGAGCAGGGGGCAGCUGAAGCGCCCGGGGAGCAUUUCGGCGUAUCAGUGUCUUGCUCAAGGACACCACAGCCGUGAGUCUGGGGGAUGUUGGCGGAUGGUCUAGUCGGGGUCUUGAACCUAGGUCCCCCACAGUGGCAGGCGAUGAUCUUAACCAUUGGGCCAUUCAGAGGAUGCAUUUUUUGGGUUGUGGACAUAGCUUGAUGCCUAACUGCACAAUGUAGUUGUGUUAGAAGUAGACCAUGCUAAUAUUGCUAAGUAACUUGCAAUUUCCGGUGAAUAGCCAUAGAUGGCACUCGUUGGUUAUAUAGUGGGGAUAGGCCUCAUGCCAGAAAGUAUAACCCGCAACCUGUUGUCAUCAUGGGACAGGUUUUAAGCCCUGCCCCAAAAAUCUGACCAAUUGAGAUGGUGAAAUAGAGUUUUAAGAUAUAGCUCACCAAGUCAGCACUUAUUUGUUCUCAGUUCUUGCCUUUCAAUAUAUUUAAUAUACUUUUAUUUGGAAACAAAACACAUAAACGACUUUGGUGCAACUUUAAUACAAACCUUGAUGCAAGGAGAUGGUUACAACCUGGUGGCUGCUUUCUAAGAAGUGUUUGCCCAUUUCUCCAUAGGUGAAAUGCACAUGAACAGGCAGUUAUCAUGUGCCUCAUGGAACUGGCGUACCCCCUCCCGACCAAAGACACCUUGCUUUGUCACACAGUGAUAAUACAAUGUCAGAGAGCAACAGGAACAAGGUCAACUUUCUUAUCCUUGCAAUUAAACAAACCAAAAAAAAAAUAUAUUGACGUAGACCACCCUUUGUAAGUGCAAAGGCAUAUAUUUUUCUAACAGUGUCCGAGCUAGUUUAAAUUUAAUGUCAACGUUAUCAGGUUUUAUAAUAAACCAUGCAAUUUUUUUUUUUGCAGAAAAAAUGAGUGCACAGUGUUGUAGUUCUUCCACCACCAUGCUACCAUAUCAAAAGGUGACUGGGUUACCAGGCAUUACCUCGAGGCCAAGAGGACAAAAGUGUAAAACGAACUCCACAUUCCCAUUUUUCCUUGUGCCAUGCUGAAUGCACAGCACAGUGUAAGCCUAGGAGAGCCUUUUAGUAAGGCUUUGUGCAUCCCAAUCACCUACAGACAGCUUUGCAUCGGACCAGGAGGUGACUAUUAUGCUGAUGGCGGUGGCCGAUGACAGCUUAAUUCCUGGGCUAGCCCCCCAAUUCAUAUACAACCUCCUCACCCCUGGUGAGGCCCGGCAUUUGUGCCAGCUGACAGGUGAUGAUCAGAAGCGGCAGAGGCGAGUGGGAAACCUCGCAGCCAGCUCUGGUUUCUGGGCUCUGUGAAAAGAUUUGUUGAGGCCGUUUCAGAUCUAAUGGAGGUUCCCAUGUCCUUCACCGAGGCCGUAUUUGGAUAAUGGGCGCGCCUAUCUUUCAUAUCUGCUCGCACACAACAAAAUGCAGACGGGGCUUACGAUCGUCAUCAAAAGUACCCCCUCGCUCCCCACCACCCUCUCCCUGGUGGGGUUGGCUUUGAAGGCAUCAGUAAACGGUUAAACAGGUGUAGAAAAGAGAGCAGUGGGGGUGAAAUGAGGCACGACCUGGCUUAAAAAGGUCUUGAAAAACGGGAAUGUUGGUGGCCGUCAUGAGCGAGUGAGGUGAGGGGGAGGGCAAUAGAGGGGAUUGGAGAACCCGGAGUUAGACGGUGGCACCACUUGAUCGAGGUCACAGAGGGCAGUCGCCUCCGGACUUUCUCUUGCUCAGGAGAAAAACGGCACUUUUGAGCGUCCGUCCCGGGGAACGGCCGCCACGCCAUGGUGACAAUCUGAAGAUGACGGCGGCCAAACGUCUCGCGGGUCCCCAAAUGACGCCAUCGUGCCUCCUCGUCCUGCUCCUGAUGGGUGCCGUUGCGUCUGUGUCGGCGCAGUUUAAUGGAUACAACUGUGACGCCAACCACCACAGCAGGUUUCCUGGCGAGCGGGACAUCACUGUGUACUGCGGUGUGCAGACCAUCAUGGUGAAGAUCAACUUCUGCCCGGUGCUGUUCUCCGGCUACACCGACACUGACCUGGCUCUCAACGGUCACCAUGGCGACGCCCAGUGCCGCGGCUUCAUCAACAACAACACCUUCCCCACGGUUGUGCUGUUCAGCAUCGGCCUCAGCACACUGGAAGCAUGCGGGAACAGCCUGGAGGUCAGCACAGCCUUCGGGCCCAACGCCUAUGGGAACAUGUCUCUGGUACAAAUCGGGAACGUGUCCGGCUUUAUUGACACCCCUGACCCGCCGACUAUCAUCAGCUACCUCCCUGGUUUGUUGUACAAAUUCAGCUGCAUCUACCCACUUGAGUACCUGGUCAAUAACUCACAGCUGGCAUCCUCCUCAGCAGCCAUAUCUGUCAAGGACAGCAAUGGCACGUUUGUGAGCACACUGAGUCUCGUGUUGUACAAUGAUUCAACAUACAACCAAAUGCUUUCCAUCCCCAUGGCCGGUCUGGCUUUGAAAACCAGAGUGUUUGCUGCAGUCAAGGCCACAAACCUGGACAAACGUUGGAACAUCUUGAUGGACUACUGUUACACAACCCCCUCAGGGAAUCCUAAUGAUGAACUCCGCUACGACCUUUUCCUGGGCUGCUCCAAAGACCCUCAGACCACCGUUUUCGAGAACGGAAAGAGUCAGAUGGGACGCUUUUCCUUUGAAGUCUUCCGUUUUGUGAAACACCGGCACCAGAAGAUGUCCACGGUCUUCCUGCAUUGCGUCACCAAGCUGUGCAAGAGCGACGACUGCAUCAUGCUCAUGCCGAUUUGCGGUCGACGUCGAAGGCGGGACGAAGGGGCCAGCCUCGGUUCGCCUCCAGCCGCCAGUGGGAGUGCCAUCAUUAGCGCUGGACCAAUCAUCACCAGGAGUGAUGAUACUCCCGUCAACAGCACUCAACCUGCGCCAGGUGACCCCUCCCACCUGAUGAACCCAGUGACCACUGCGCUAAUCUCAGGUGUGAUCAUCCUGGGCGGGAUGAGCGUUGGCUUCGUACUGCUGUCGCUGCGUCUCCUGCAGAAGUCACGCCUCCCGUCCUCUUCCUCAGCUACUGGAGCCUCUGGAGCUUGGAACCCUGCUUUUAAAUGAGCACAUUAAAUUAUCAAUACAUCACAGUGAAUUAAUUUGCACACACAUCAAUAAAUGUGUGUUUCAGGUGUUGUGUACCCCCUUAAUUAUUGACAUCCGCUGAAAGAUUAGAUUUUGAGUUGAUAAAAAAAAAAGAACUUUAACUUAGAUAAUUAGAAUUCUAGGCAAGACUAGAAAAAAAAUAAUUUGGCUUAUUUUGAUGGGUUAAUCCAUGCCAUUACUAUUAUUAUGAUGUUGAUGAUCGCAAUAAACCAUAAAGUAUAGAAGGAGCACGAUUUAAAAUUAGGUAAUUGGAUUUUUUUUAUUGAUAAUAAAUCUAAAUUUUUUUUGAUUUUUUUAAAGAUUUUUUUAAUAUCUUAGAUUUUUUUAAAACUUUUUUAAACAACACAUCUCGCUUGUUUUAAUUGUUGAAUACUCUGAAUUAAAUAAAAUCUUACAUGUUA